AGUGGAUCUUCUCAGCAAAACCGUCAACAUUUUGAAAAAUCGUUAAAUUAAUAGAAAUUAGCGGAGCAAGCAUGCCGGAAACUAAAACCAAGACGAUCCCCAGUCCUAGCGAUGGACGCGACAGCUCCGACGAUGGCAUGGCAGCCACCAAUCGGCUGGUUGAACGCCCCCAACCGGCGCCACCGACCAACAGUCGCCGCCAGCCACGCAGUCGUCUGUUACAGCAGGGACGACGGGACGCCACCGACUUUACGGCCAGCCAGGAGGUGAAGCUUAAGGCCGGGGAUAUGUGCAUGGCCAAGAUCCAGAUCAGCCUAUCCAAUCUGCGCACCGAAAUGGAGGAGACAAACAAGCAGCUGCAGAAUCUCUGCAAAACCAUCAAAGUGGACGUGGACGAGGAGUAGUAGGAGGAUUCGUGGAUGUUAGGAGUACU